AUGCAGGACUCGCUGAGGCUUCGCGCCGAGCAGGCUGCCGGCCAGGCGUCUUUGGGCAGCCAUGGCUCAGACAAGUCGAGCCCAGACAACGACAUCCGGAAUCUGUGGACCAGGGCCACGCUGUCGCAGCCGAAGCUGAAUGUGCCGCGGUCCAGUGUCGGCGAGGACUCAGACAUGGAGGGCAGCGGCAUCGGCAGCAAGUCCCGCCGGUGGUACAACCUGAAGGCCGGCCGCGACUCGGACGGUGGUUGGGAAGAAUGGGAUGACGGAGAGGACAAGGACAGUUUCAGACAGGAGGAUCUGGACGAGUCCUCCUUGUUGGAGCUGGAGCUGCGUCGGGCCAGCUCCCUGGGAAGCCGUUUAGGGGAGGACGUCGAUUCCAAGACCGACACCGAAAUGUCUUCCUCAGAGUCAUCGCUUAAUAUCUCGAAGCACACACCCCAUCGAGCCUACUGGAUGGAGCAGCAGAACAGGCUGCCACUGCCUCUGAUGGAACUCAUGGAGAGUGAAGCUCUGGAAAUCCUCACCAAAGCCCUCCGGAGCUACCGGUCAGGUAUUGGCCGGGACCACUUCCUGACCAAGCAGCUGCAGCGAUACAUCGAGGGGCUCAAGAGGCGCCGGAGCAAGAGGCUGCACCUCUUGGUGCACUGA